GUGCUCUCUACUAAAAGUAUAUGCCAUCCUGGUUAUUCAGCCAGUGCGAGUUCAGUAGUGCUUCGUCUCUCGCUGCGAGAGGAUCACACCGAAAGCUCUCGUCCAUCGUCCUCGUCACGUCUUCUUCUUUUUCGUCACCACCACCAAGAGUUGUUCCAAGUCGUCGCCAUUGUCGCCAUUUUUUUAAAAUAAUCGUUAGAGACUUGUUACUUAGUUUUUUCCAGUGUUCGUGAAGAGCAAAAGAGAUCAGGAUGGAUUUACUCAUGUGUAGCGAGGACAUGAUGCCGGAAACUCCAGAAGGGGUAAUUCAAGGGCCAGGCAACAUGAGUGAAAUCCUCGCCCGUCGUCAACUCUCGUGCGACUUAAAGUUUUCGAACGAUGAGCCUGGUCCCCUCGGUCACACGGAUCGCAACCUCCUCGACCCCAGAAUGUUACACCACAUGUUAAAGAUGGAGGAAGUUUUGCACGAACAGCUCUCUCCCAUCAUGUUCACCUACCUGCAGGACCAAGUGACACCCAGAAUGCGGCAAGACACUCUCUGCUGGCUGUAUGAGGUUUGCGAAGCAGAGGGAUAUCCGGAGGAGGUGUUUUUACGCACUUGUAGCUACAUUGAUCGAAUCCUCAGUGUUUAUACACUCGUACCUAAUCAGUUGCAACUUCUUGGAGUUGUUUGUAUAAGUAUUAGUUUGAAAUUCCAUGGAAUUAAUUUCAAAAUGGACAAGCUCCUUUACUACACGGCAAAUUCAGUUCCUAAGAACCUGAUUUCGGAUUGGGAGCUUAUGGUAUUGUACGGGUUGAAGUGGGACAUGGCCACAAUAAUUCCUACCGAUUUUAUUCAAAUGUUUGAAGCGAUCCUGCCCAGUUCCUGGUUCGAAGACAAAGUGAUGCACCAACAAGUCUCAGCCUACUUAUCUCUUUGUGCAACGGAUUGUAGCUUCAUGCUCCACACCCCGAGCACCAUUGCAGUUGCCUCUCUGUCAGUCGCAAUCAGUCAUCUCAUCUCCAAAGAGGUUGGAGAAGAAGUUUUAGAGCGAUUUCAUCAACUUACACAUAUCGACAAGGACGUAAUCCGCAGUGUAAUGGAGAAGAUUCAGAUAAAACUAGCUCAGUCUAUAAUUCCAGAGGAAAACCUGACGACGGAUUGCGACCCGGGUUUGAACAACAACAACAAAGUGAUCAACAAACAUAACGUAAUUCAAUUCCACAACGAUGAGCCCAUGACGCUAGACAAAAUUGAGGAGUUGUGUCAAGCGGAAACGCCAACAGAUAGUCAGAGUCAAAUCCAAAUUCACGUGCGAACAGAACCUGCUGCUGUAACUGCUCUUUCUCCAAUGCCUGCUGCUGCUACCAUUGAUCUUUAUGCACAUGAAAUUGUUGAUUAUUCAACGCUGUAACAUCAGUCAACCAACAUAGAAAUUACCUCUGACUUGUCUCUCUCACCCUUCAAACUCCCACUCCUUCUAAAUACCAUAACAUAGCACAAUUGACUACCUGUUUUUUAUAUAUAUUGUAUGAUUACAUAGGAAUAGUUUGAUACAAUACUUUAAGUAGAUUAUUCUUAUGACAGAGUUAAGCACGAAAUCUUUAACUUCACUGACUAUUGGAACCAAGAAGUCGCAGAUUUCAUCUUGUCAAUUCCAAUUCAGUCUAAACCUAGCGAUCUACCUCAGUUGUAAGAAAACUAACGUACCUCUAAAUUACUUUCAUUCAUUGCACUGAUAAUUAGUCAAACCAUUACACCAGAAAAAUAGUAGCACGUAUUCAUAUAUAUUCAUAUACACACACACAUAUCAUUAAAUAACUGACUCAACUUUUUUAACAUUACUACUAGUUCACUAAGCUAAAUAAUAGGGUAUAGAGUUGCUCAUAUUUUUCACAAUUCAAUGUGUCGAGCAGUUUACUUGCGCAUCGUUUGAGAUAAAUAAUGCUAACGCAACUCACUUAAUAUAAAAUAAUUAAAAAAUGAGGGGAUAAAAUGUAUGGAAGCGCACUAAUGCGUCUACCAGAACUGGACAUACAUAUAUAUGUAGUAUAUAUGUAAGUUGUUUUUUGUAAGUAUGAAUUUUUUAAUGUUUGGCAUGAUGGGUGACUUUUGGUGAAAUUCCGAAAGUCAUUAAGCCCUACUUCAAUUGCCCAACGAGGGGAAAGCCUUCAACGCUUAUUUUGGUUAGUUAAAACAAUUAAUUCACUAAUUGUUAACAUUUUGUGUAGAUUAUUACUAUUAAUAUAUUAUAGCUUGCACAGUUUUUAGGCUCAUUAUUAUUAAGUUACUAUUAUUUCAUAUUUACUUAUUACUAUUUAGUCGAGAGUCAUGAAACGGCAGAAUUGCAAAAAAUUAAUUUCAUAUCUUCUGCAAUAUAAAGUCAAUAUUUGAAUAAUGAAAUCUCAUGCAGGUACAGAAUAUGCCAAGUACUUAAUUGGUCUUCAAAAGUUAUCGAUUAACUUAUCUUUGAUUUUGGCACGUGGCUAAUUUCGGCUCCGCAGGGAAUUUAAAUGCAUUUUAAAACAAAUGUAUACUGAUAGUCAUCCACAGUCAUUUAGUAAAUAAUUUAUUGUACAGUGUAAACAUACACAAACCUUGUAUAUUUAUUAGAGUAAGGCAUAUGGUGGCAGUAGUAUUUUGACCGUGUAUUAUAAAUAUUUCGUCAAUUUAUCCAUUCAUUAUACAUGUCGUCUGUUGUAUAUUGUAAACUUUUCCUUCAAGUUCUUAUUCAUUCAGGUGUAUCUUAAUUGUUGCUUUUGGUGCCUUUUCGUCCAACUCGUAUAAAUAUUUUUAAUGAUUUUUUUGUCGUCGUCUUCCUUCCUUCAAGUUACGGUGCCUAAAAAUAUUUUUGAAUUUAUAGUAAACAUUCAACUAAACUCGAAGGAGCGACGGGAAAAAAGGAGUAGAAAUUUUCAGCAUAUUAUCUUGCUCAAGCGUUAUCAUUCAUAUUCUCUUGAUUUCUCUAAAUACUUCUUAAUAGCCUUGGAGUUGAGUAAAGAAGACUGGUAACUGAUACUGAAAUUAUUAGACUGAAUUUAAAUAAUCGACUGUUUUGCAUGAAACAUUAAUUUGUCAUCGUGCACGUGCUAGCCUCUCCUAAAAACCAAUUUGAUGGUUGCAUGUCGAAAAUUUAAGAGGGGUGAAUGUGAUUGCCUUCAUCGUCGUCAUAUUUCGAGAAGAAAAAAAAACAGCAGAAAUAUCGUCACAUGUCCGAAGGCUGACAUGUUUUGACGCGGACUGAUUAUAUACACUUUAUGCAAUUAUGGCAUUAUGUGCUACUUAGGAUGUGUGAACUCUGAAUGUUUAUAAUUUUUUAAUUACACGUACCUCCACACAUUUAUAUAUAGUUAGGAAAAAAAGACAGAAAAAAGUAAGAAACACUGCAUUAUUAGUCAUCCUAUUAACAACAACAACGCUAAGGACAAUCAGUUAAUUCAGCUUUGAAACAAACAAAAUUAGUGCAUACUAUUAUUUUUAAGUACCAGAUUAUCUUAUGUUACAUGUUGCGUCUGCUACAACGAUUCACUAUCAUCACACAGAAACUGUAAGCUUAUAAGUUGGUGUAUGUAAAUACCAAAGGUUAACAAUAUCACAUUAUUACAUAUUAUAUAAUUAGGUACAUACCGACUUUCUUUCAAAUAAUUCCGCUUUAAAUUUUCGAAAGUGGGAGAGUGAAUCAAAAUUUUUUUGUACAACAUUUGUCUUUUUGUGUGUUAAAUAAAUAUUGGGUAUGCAAACGAACAAUUUGUGUGUGUGUGUGGGUUAUUUUUAGUGUUUUACAUUUUACGCCAAGAUUCAGAUUUGUAUACCAAUCUGACUUCUGGUCUGUAUUGAUAAAGACUGGAAAAAUCGAUUUGCUUAAGUUUAAAGGCAAAGUUACUGAUUUCUCUCUUUGAGAUUUUAUAUACUGUGAAUUUAUAUUAAAAAAACUUAUUACGUUGUACACUUACACACAGUGCCUUCCGGUUUGUUGGUGUGUUAUAAAAAUUAUCGCCGCAACAAAGACUUUUGUGCCUCCUCUUGUAUGACAAAAGUUUUUUCUCCGUCGUCAAAUAUUCUAUGUAAGGCAACUUCAUUAGCUUUAACUAAAAUUUAAAAAAUUAUACAAGAUAUAUGCUCGACCUAUUACACAAAUUACAUACAAUAACUCGAAACUCGCUAAAAAAUAAAGAAAAAAGAGAUACAACUCGCGAAACCUAGUACGUACUAGUUAUCCUAUUUAGAAUAAGAUAUAAUUGGAGAUAGAAACAUCAGUCGCAUAUUUAUAGCUCGCUUACAUGUAAGUAACACAUUUAUACAUUUUAUUGUAAACGUAUAUAUAUAUAUAGUUAAGUUACUAAAGUACGAAUAAAUGUUGAAUACACUUAAAA